AGUAAUUUAAAUUAAAUUUAAUAAUCUUUUUGGGCAUUUUCGUAACAAUUUCUCAAAUAUAAAAUUCACUUUGGCUCGCUGCCCAAUGCACAUUGUCUCUCUCUCUCUCUCUCUGGGGUACCUCUCCUCCACACUGUUCCUCUGCUGCUCCACCUCCAAAGCAACCAUAUCCCACAUCUGUCAUCUCUAGAAAGAACAACAAAGAAGAUGAAUUUUGUGUUCAUUUGAAAAACCCAGAAGUUUUUUUUGUACUAAAAGAGGUGAAUUAUUGGUGAGUUCUAAAGUAAAGGCAGUAGCUCUAUACACCUUUGUGUGUGUUUCUUUUGUUUUGAUUAUUAAGCCAAGAAAGGAAGCAGCUUCAAAGAGCCAACAUUGAUAUAAAGUAGUAAGCAGACAAGCAUGAAACUGAAAGGAAUCGUGCUUCCUCCUCCAUUGAUCAAAGCUCAAGAAGAAGCUAAAGUGUUGAUGCUUUCAUCAUCUUCAUGAUCAAAGUAAAAAAUCUCUGUCUCUUGCAAGAGAAAUUUUCCAAGAAACCAAAAACUGCAAAAAGAAAGUUUCUUUCUUUUGCUUUUUGAAAAGCAUUCUAUUUUAUUUUAUUUUUUCACUUUCUCUGUUGGCCUCCAAAUCAAGAACAGAGCGCACGGACUUGAUCUGUUAGAAACAAAUUAAAGAAAAAUCAUGGGCUGCUGUUACUCGAGAUUAGAGAGAGAAGAAAUGGUUUCAAGAUGCAAAGCGAGGAAGAGAUACAUGAAACAAUUAGUUAAGGCUAGACAAGCUGUUUCUGCUUCACAUACAAUGUACCUUCGUUCUUUGCGUAGUACUGGAUCAGCCCUUUUCCAGUUCUCCAAUACUGAAGCUAAUCUCCACCUCCACCAAAGCCACCGUCACCACCAUCAUCUCCCACCUGUUUUACCCUCACCACCACCCUUACCACCCACACCACCCCCACCUCUCCCACCAAUGAGCCCAAGCUCGGAUACAUGGACAUCCAUUACAGCUUCUCCAGCUCCUCCUCCUCCACCGCCGCCUCCACCGCCACAGUCAUCGAGCUGGGACUUCUGGGAUCCCUUUGUUCCGCCACCUCCUUCAGCUUCUAGGUCAGUGACUGAAGAAGAGUGGGAAGAAGCAACCACAAUGACAGCUUCUGAAAUGGCAGUGACAGCAACAGGGACGGCGGCUAGCCUUACCGCGCCACCUUCUAUAAUAAGUGGGUUCUCUAAGGAGACUUGUAGCGGGAGUGGAAGUGAACUUGCAAUGGUUGUUUCAAGAAAUAGUAAAGAUCUUGUGGAGAUAGUUAAAGAAGUUGACGAGUAUUUUCUUAAAGCUGCUGAUGCUGGUGGACAGCUUUCUUUGCUUUUAGAAGUUCCAAACCCUAACUUUUCCACUCAAAACAAAGGAGGUAAAAUUUACGACCAUGGUUGCAACUUAACCAGUCCAUCACUAUGGACAUGGAGUUCUAGUCCGAAAAUGAAUGGGUUCGGGAAGAUGAGUGAAGAAAUGAUGGGAAGCAAUGUAGGAGUUAGCCACUGCUCAACUGUAGAGAGAUUAUAUGCAUGGGAGAAGAAGCUAUUCCAGGAAGUCAAGAAUGCUGAGAGUAUAAAGAUUGAGCAUGAGAAGAAGGUGGCAUUGCUAAGAAAACUAGAGGUGAAGAGAGCUGACUACGUAAAGACUGAAAAGACAAAGAAAGAGGUGGAGAAAUUGGAGUCACAAAUGAUGGUUGCUACCCAAGCUAUUGAGACUACUUCUGCUGAAAUCAUCAAACUAAGGGAGACAGAGCUCUACCCUCAACUUCUUGAGCUUCUAAAAGGAUUGAUGUGCAUGUGGAGAAGCAUGUAUGAGGCCCACCAAGUCCAAACACACAUAGUUCAGCAGCUCAAAUACCUGAACACCAUUCCAUCCACAGAACCAACUUCUGAGAUUCACAGGCAGUCUACUCUCCAGCUUGAACUUGAAGUUCAGCAAUGGCACCAGUCCUUCUGCAACCUGAUCAAGGCCCAGCGGGAUUACAUACAGUCCCUCACUGGCUGGCUCAGGCUUAGUCUUUUCCAGUUUAGCAAUAACCCACUUUCAAGAACCAGUCAGGAAUCUCGAAUUUACUCUCUUUGUGAAGAAUGGCACCAUGCAAUUGAUCGGAUUCCAGACAAAGUGGCAUCUGAAGGAAUUAAGAGCUUCCUAACAGUUAUCCACGCCAUAGUAGUCCAACAGGCAGAAGAGCACAAGCAAAAGAAGAAGUCAGAAUUAACUUUCAAGGAGUUUGAGAAGAAGGUAUCUGAGCUUAGAUCACUGGAAACCAAGUACGGCCCGUACUCAAUGCCUGAUACUUCUGGGAACACAAGAAUCAAGGAUCCAGUAACAGAAAAGCGAGCUAAGGUCGAGAUAUUGAGAAGCAAGGCAGAAGAGGAAAAAUCUAAGCAUGAAAAAUCAGUGAGCAUAACAAGAGCAAUGACAAUAAAUAAUCUACAGAUGGGAUUUCCUCAUGUCUUUCAGGCUAUUGUGGGGUUUUCGAGCGUAUGUAUGCAUUCAUUUGAGUCUGUGUACAACCAAGCGAAAAGUACGAACCUGGAAAAUGAUGUGAAGAGGAUAUUACCCUAAGGAGAGAUCUAGCUGAGGAUGAAAUGGAGUUUUCUGUAUAUAGAUAGGCAUCCUACUUCAUAAAGUGCUGCAGGAUUAAACCCCUUGGUCGGAGAAUAUAUAUAUGCUGGCUGCAGCUUGUGGUGGAGACCUUUGCGUUCUAUGGAGUUAGAAGUUUUGCAUUGAGGUUUUAUACAAGUGUUUUUCUGUCAUAGGAAAGUUGUGAAAGGUUUCGUAUUUUCUGUUUUGCUUUGUUGGAGACUUUAAGGAUAAGUUUCUGUUGAAUGUGGAUGAUUUUGGUUAAGAAUGCCCAAUUUUGCCUCUGUUAUGUUGGGAGACAAAAAAGAAAUAAAGUAAAAUCAAACCCACUAACUGGAAGGAUUUCCAUACUUCUUGUAUUGCUGGCUGCUGUGAAAGAAUACAAUGAUGAUAAAGUAAAAAUAAAUUCAUUUUUGGCUGUGAA